AUGUCGAUCGCCUCCCCAAUCAACCUCAUCCUCCUCUCACUUUUCGUCGUGUUGGUCUACUUCCACUUCCGCCCCAAGCAGGCCGUCGAGCUCCCGCGCGGGCCGCCCCCAACGGUCUUCCGUGUAUACACCCCCAAGACUCUGAUCGAGUUCAACGGCGAGAAUGAUCGGCCUGUCUACCUCGCUGUGCGUGGUCGCGUAUUUGACGUGAGCCCUGGUCGGAACUUCUACGGACCGGGCGGUCCCUACGAGAACUUUGCGGGCCGUGAUGCGUCCCGUGGACUGGCACACCAGAGUUUCGAUGAGGAAAUGCUGACCAAAGAUCUAUCGGCCCCGCUGGAUGACCUGAAGGACCUGGAUGCGGAUCAGCUGGAGAACCUCCAGUCAUGGGAGGACCGGUUCUCCGAGAAGUACUUGGUUGUUGGCAAGCUGGUUGCUGAAGGUGAUCCCGAAGCCGCGAAGUCUUAA